CUAGCAGGGAGUUGUCGAUGCUGAAGAUGACAGAAAGUCUGCAAUACAGCUCUCGAGACGCGGGAAAGAAAGACUCGUCAACAUUCCCCAUAGCCGACGGGAUAGGUUUUCCGCGAAUGAAAUCCUUAUUCAGUCAGUGGAAGCUGGACCGUCAAGCUGUCUGAUACAAGUCUGGUUGCUGGCACACGCUUGACGGUGCAGAUCGGAUCGCCCCAAGAUGAGACAAAUCCAACAUCCCUCCUUGGACCAAACGGGCGUUGUUCCCGGCGGGCCACAAACCGUUACAAGAGACACCAAACUCAAAAUUCCAGCAAGCAGCAUCGAUAUUAGCCGCCCCAGCGCCGAGUCUAACACAAAACCGACAAAAGAAAAGCCAAAAAAAAUCAAUAUAACGAAAAGUCACUCAGGCCAGAAAAGCAAAACCGCGGCGCUCCGGCUCGCAGACCCUCAUCUGUCCGUUUUCCGGAUGCGCCCAGUCCACUUGGUUCGCUAGUCCCCAC